GAGAAAGACACAUUUUGUCGAUAGCCACUUAGAACAGUCAGGCUUCUGGAUAGACUACAUAAUUACAAAAUUAGACCAAUAAAUGCAAGUAGACAAGCAGAAAGUAGCUAAAUCCUUUCUUAACGACCUUUUAUAUGGCAUUUCAAUGGCAUUUGGCACUUUUUCUGGUAUUAUUGGUGGUCUACAGUACACCAUUCAGGGCUGCAGUAUUAGAGAGGGAAGAUGAGAAUUCAGAAAGGUCCACCGGAGUAGCCACUGGUACCAACGGUACCUCUGGUGGGCAUGCCCCUGCAGCAAUCUCAACAUUACCAAUUGUUGUCUGGAAAUGGCAUCAUGUAGAAACUCCAUACCUGGUGGCUGUCUGGAUACUGACGUGCUGGCUUUGUAAAUUAGUUUGUGAACUCAACCACAGCAUCACCGCUGUGAUCCCAGAGAGCGGUCUGCUCAUCAUAUUGGGAUUUAUUUUGGGUGGAAUUGUCUGGGGAGCGGACAAAGCGCAGACCUUCAAAUUGACACCUGUUAACUUCUUCUUCUACUUGUUGCCCCAGAUCAUCUUGGAUGCAAGUUACUGCAUGCCAAACAAACUGUUCUUUAGCAACUUGGGAGCCAUUCUUAUCCAUGCCAUUAUUGGAACAUGCUGGAAUGCGGGCGCAGUGGGUCUCUCACUAUGGGCCUGCUAUGAAGGGGGCGCAAUGGGGAACUUAAACAUCGGCCCACUGCAGUUCUUGUUGUUUGGUUCUCUGAUGUCAGCUGUUGACCCCGUGGCUGUGAUCGCAGUGUUUGAGGAAGUGCAUGUAAACGAGGUGCUCUACAUCCUUGUGUUUGGAGAGUCAUUGCUAAAUGAUGGAGUCACAGUGGUGCUUUAUAAUGUUUUUGAUGCAUUUGUGUCUCUGGGAGGCUCAAAGAUUAAUGCCGUAGAGAUCAUCAAAGGCAUAAUUUCGUUCUUUGUGGUGGCAUUUGGAGGCUCAUUUCUUGGUGUUGUUUUUGCCAUUCUGAUAUCCAUGCUGACCAGGAUCACCAAGAAUGUCCAGGUCAUCGAAGCCGGCUUCAUAUUUGUUAUUGGCUACCUGGCUUACCUGACUGCUGAGAUGCUCUCACUCUCUGCAAUACUUUCCAUCACUUUCUGCGGUGUCUGCUGUCAGAAGUAUAUCAAAGCCAACAUGGAUGAAAAAUCGGUAACAAUGUUACGUUAUACCCUGAAGUUGAUGGCUAACGGCUCUGAGACCAUGAUCUUUGUCUUCCUGGGAGUUUCGGCCAUCGAUAAAAACAUCUGGGUUUGGAACACUGGCUUCAUCCUCCUCACCCUCCUUUUCGUCAUUGUAUUCAGGUUCAUGGGUGUUUUCUUCCUCAACUGGAUCUUAAACCGGUCUAGACUGAUUCCCAUUGAUAUCACCGACCAGAUUGUAAUGAGCUAUGGUGGACUCCGAGGAGCAGUGGCAUAUGGAUUGGCGGCUACUUUAGAUGAGAAUAAGAUCCCAGAGAAGAACCUAAUGCUUGGUACCACACUCAUCGUGGUGUAUUUCACUGUCAUUCUUCAGGGAAUCACCAUGAAACCACUGGUUAAAUGGCUGAAGGUUAAAAGGUCAACUACGUCUGAUCUGACACUCAAUGGAAAAAUGAACAACAGGGCAUUUGAACACAUAUUGACAGCAAUGGAAGACAUCUGUGGCCGAAUGGGAGAUAACUGGUGGACCAGACAUUGGAAUAAUUUCGAGGACAAGUAUAUAUGUUGGUGGCUAAUGAAGAGUGACGCCAGAAAGCACAAAGACCAAAUAUUUGGUGCCUUCCACAGACUCAAUCUGGAAGAUGCUUCAAAAUAUGUCACUGAGGGUGAACGUAAAGGUUCUCUGACUUUCAUUCGUAAUGAUGACACAGCCAAUGUCGACUUCAAGAAGAAGCUUGCUUUAGAGUAUGCAGACAUCAUUCCCAAUAUCAAGGCUGACAUGUCUGAUUACGACUUUGGCAUUGAAAAUGUUCCAGUGACCAUAAAGAACCAGAUUCCUUCAGUUUCCAUGGACAUCCAUGAGCAAGGCAAGAAAAACCUGAAUAAUGACCUCAACGCUCAUCAUCUACUAGAUCAGCACCUUUACAAAAGCAGCAGAUAUAACCGUCACACUUACAGCCGAAGUCACUAUAACACCACCGAGAAUCCAGAUGAAGUGCAAGAGAUCUUCCAAAGGACUAUGAGAAGCCGCCUUGAGUCCUUCAAAUCUGCUAAGAGGGUUGUCAGCCCUGCCAAGAAAAUCUUCAACCAUUCCAAGGAUCAGAAGCCUAUUGGAAAGCCAGCGGACCCAAACAGAAACCAUCCAUAUGGGGAUGAAGAUUUUGAGUUUUCUGGAGACUCUAGUAGCGAGAGUGCUGGUAAUUUCCCCAUGAGAAACAUAAACACACCUCGAGCUGGUGUAGAGAAUCCAGCAUUCAUACCAGACACCUAUCCUCCCACGUAUAACCCACCAUGGCAAACAGGGACAGGGACCAACACGACUGUGGCACCCUCCCAGAGGGCCCAAGGUCGACUGCCCUGGACACCCACCAACCUUAGAGAUCUAGCACAACUGAGAUUGAGUAACCGCUCUACAGAUUCCUUCACGAUGGCCGAUGCUUCUGUUGAUCAGGGGCCGCAAGAGAAGCCUGGAGCAGACCAUACCAGGAAUCAAACCAGAUUGUAAUAUAAUAUAUAUUCCCACCCACCAAUAUUAGCAUCCGAUUAGGUUAUUCGAUUAACACUGAGACUAUAAACUUCAUUGUAGGCUAUUUAAUUUUGUCAUGGGCCCAUAGAUUAUGGAACGAUUUCCCUUACAAAAAGGUGCAUGGUACAGUGAUGGUAUAAAAUAGAACUACCAUCGUACUUUAAUAUAUGCCAUGUUACAGAAAUUCCUGUAACAUUGUAUUUACAUGGUACCUCCAAGGUACUACCACAGUACAUGUCCAUGCACAAUGGUACUUUCUUUUUAUUAAGCACUGGAUUUGAACCAUAGUAUUCAUGACAAGAUUUGUAUGGGUGAAUUAUUCAUAUUCGUGUUUCUUUUUAAUAAUUUUUUUUUAUCAACAUCAAGAUUUUAGGUUAAGAUGUUUUUGAAUCUAAAAGGGAAACCGUGUAUUUUAGGUGCUGUGACUGGUCACAUUUCCUGUUUAAAAUUUUUCAAAAUCAUAAAUUCAUAAAAACUGUAAAACUUAUAAAACUAGCAAAAAUAAUAACAGAAAAAAAGAAAAAAAAAAGAAAAUCUGUUGUAAAAUAGUUUGACUAUGUAGACUAACACAGCAAUGACUUUAAGUUAUGCUUCUAUGUUUUUGUUCUCUAAAUGUUUUUCCCUAAAACAAUUGAAAGGGAAGAGAAUAAAAUACAGAAAGAUGAAACAAUUAUAGUACUUAUGUUAUGUUAGUGGUUAUGGAAUUUUACUGAACAGACAGCAUUUUUCUUUUUAAAGUCCACCUAGUGGUGGAUGCUGUAAUGGCACUUUACCAUAAUGACAGAAUGCUUGAAAAUUCUUACAUAUAGCUCAAAAUAAAACUAAGCAGUGCAUUCAGGGAAGCAUUAAACUGUAAGAUUUAUUUUUGUCUUUACUGAGUGCCAAAUCAGAACUGUCUAUUAGGUUUUAGUCUAUUAAUUUUUUACCUUGGUCAAGUUGGUCUGAAACAUGAAAUUUUAAGUCAGCAUGUUGUAUGUGGUUAUUUAUUAUUAUCUUUGGAUUAUUUAUAGUAUGUCUAUGUAUUCUGAAUUUCUGUCAUCUCUUGAUUUGUUUUUUGAGUUCUACUCAAAGCUAUAAAUGUGUUAUUAGCACAAUGAAGGACAUUAAAAUGUAAGUAAUUUAAAUAAUAGUUUAAAGUAUAAACUUCAUGCUUUAUCAGAACUUGAAGUCUUAAGCUUUGUUCAAAAGUCUUAAGCUUUGUUUUUUUCUGAUCUUGUGAGGAGUUUGAGUUUUGAAAUAAAAACUGUAG